AUGGUUGAUGAAGUGAAGAUCAUAAAACAAUGCCAAGUGAGUCCUCCAGAAGGUUCACUUCCAUCUUCAAUCAAUCUUCCAAUAACUCACCUUGACCUUCCUUGGUCUUACUGUCCUCUUAUUAAAAGAAUUUUUUAUUACAACUUCCCUCAUUCCACACAACACUUUCUUCAAACUUGUUUACCAAUUCUAAGAAAUUCUCUUUCCAUCACUCUUCAACAUUUUUUCCCUUUCUGUUCCAAAUCUAUUUUCCCUCCUAAACCUCAAACCCCUCAUAUUCUCUACACUCAAGGUGACUCCAUCUCUUUAACAAUAUGUGAAUCCAAUUCAAAUUUCAACAACCUCACAUCUAAUGCACCAAAAGAUCUUACAAUUGCAUACCCUUUUGUUCCCUUGACUCCUCCACCAACUAUUUUACAAGAUGGCACAUUGAUGUUCCCGGUAAUGGCCAUUCAAAUCACUAUUUUUCCAAACUUUGGAUUCACAGUGUGUCUCACUUAUAGACAUGAAAUUGCUGAUGGUAAAGCAUUUCAUCAUUUCAUUAAAUUUUGGUCCUCACUUUCAAAAGGAAAUUUACAAGUUUCCUCUCUUCCAUUACCAUUUCACAAAAGAGAAAUAAUUCAAGACCCAAAAGGUUUUAAACAAAAUAUCUUAGAACAACUAUGGAAUUCUCCACCAAAAACAUUUCAAUCUACUAUCUCCACCCAUGAUCCUGUUUCUUCUCGAAAUAAUUUUGUUCUAUAUAGAUUUAAUUUGACAAGAAACCAUGUUGAUAAUUUGAAGAAAUGGAUAGUUACAAAAAGCCAAACUAUUGGUCUUGACUUGUUGCAUUUGUCAACCUUUGUUGUUACAUGUUCUUUGUUAUGGGUUUCUAUGGAGAAAUUAAGAUCUCAAGAUAAGAAAAACAUCACCGUUGAUUGUGUUGCAGAUGAGGUAACGAAUAAUUCUCCUUCCGAGAAUGAUUUGGAGGAAAACUGUGACUUUGGAUUUCUAAUGGAUAUGCGUAACCGUUUUGAACUUUCAAUUCCUUCUACAUAUUUUGGAAAUUGUUUGAUGAUGUGUGGUACAGCACUACCAAAGAGAAAGUUAUUGGGAGAGAAUGGUAUAUGUGAAGCAGCAAAUGUUAUUGCAAGGGAAAUUAGUUUGGCAGAUCCAUUAAAAGAAGUUGAAAAGUUUGGAAUAAAAUCAAAUAAUUUUGUUUGUGUCAUGGGGUCACCAAAGUUUGAUGUGUAUGAAACUGACUUUGGAUGGGGAAAUCCCAUUUUAAGUGAAAUUCUUCAUUUGAGUGAUUCAAGUGGUUUUCUUCUUUCUGAUUCACCGGAUGGAUAUGGUAGUAUUGAAGUUUCUAUGUUGCAAGAAGAAGCUCAGGUGAAGAAAUUUACUGACAUCUUAGAAGUGCAACUUAGAGACAUUGUAGCUUUUGAAUGA